GUAGAGUUGAAAUCGUAAUAGAAGAUAGGCAAGGCAGGCAGGCACAACAGCACGAUCGGUCGAUCAGAAGAAAAACUGAAAGCGAAGGAACGCGAAGAUUGGGAUGGCAGGGUGGAGUUCGUCUGGAUUACGAUGUAUGGUGUUGUUGUUUAUACAAAUCUUUGGGUCUGCGUUAUCGUCGUCUUCUACAGAGGGGCAGUGGGCUGUAGAUGGUAAGGUGUUGGAAUUGGAUGAAUCCAACUUCGACUCGGCGAUUUCGACCUUUGACUAUAUUUUGGUCGAUUUCUAUGCCCCGUGGUGCGGCCACUGCAAGCGUCUUUCUCCGCAGCUCGAUGCAGCUGCCCCAAUGCUUGCUGCUCUGAAAGAGCCGAUAGUUAUUGCUAAAAUAGAUGCUGACAAGUAUUCUCGUCUUGCUCGUAAACAUGAUAUCGAUGGUUAUCCUAUGCUCAAGCUCUUUAUGCAUGGUGUGCCAGUAGAAUAUAAUGGACCUAGGAAAGCCGACUUGCUUGUUCGUUAUCUGAAGAAAUUUGUGGCACCUGAUGUUUCUAUACUUGAUUCAGACUCUGCUGUUAGUAACUUUGUUGAGGCUGCUGGCACUUACUUUCCUUUAUAUAUUGGUUUUGGCUUGAAUGAGUCAGUCAUCUCAAAGUUAGCGACCAAGUAUAAGAAGAAAGCAUGGUUUUCAGUUGCAAAGGAUUUCUCAGAAGAUGUCAUGGUUUUAUAUGACUUUGACAAGGUUCCUUCCCUUGUAGCUGUUCGUCCAAGUUAUGAGGAAAAAAGUAUCUUCUAUGGCCCUUUUGAAGAGGAGUUCUUAGAGAAUUUUAUAAAACAAAAUCUCUUCCCUCUGGCUCUCCCCAUAACCUAUGACACAUUAGAAUCUUUAGAUGAUGAUGAAAGAAAAAUCGUAGUGACAAUAGUGGAGGAUGAGGAUAAUGAGAAAUCUAUGAAGCUCGUCGGGAUAUUGAAAUCUGCUGCAUCUGCAAAUCGGGAUCUGGUAUUUGGUUAUGUUGGAAUCAAGCAGUGGGGAGACUUUGCUGAGACUUUUGGGGUCAAUAAGAAGACAAAACUGCCAAAAAUGGUUGUUUGGAAUCGAAAUGAGGAUUUCCAUACGGUUAUUGGUUCAGAAAGCAUUGAUGAGGAGGAUCAGGCAUCACAAGUGUCGCAAUUUCUUGAAGGUUACAGGGAAGGAAGAACAAUCGAGAACCGAGUGAGCGGACCAUCAGUACUUGGUUUCAUAAAUUCACUUAUUGGCAUCAAGAGUGUAUAUUUAAUUGUUUUUAUUGUUGCGAUCAUCAUGCUUAUACAAACCAUUUACAAAGAAGAGCCUACUGGCAAUGGUAUUAGAGAUGAGGCCGAUCAUCCCAGCAGCUCUGUUUCUGAAACCAGAGAGAGUAGGCCAGGAGAAAAAGAAGACUAGUUUUGAAUGUUGUAUCUUAAGUACUAGGAUUCUGUGUUACCAGCAAACUUUUAGGGGUAUGUUUAUAAUUCAGCAUAUUUAUUCAAUUGAGUAGAUUGCACUUGUCUAGACCAGGUAUUUUAGUUCCACAUUUUUGUUGAAUAUUGCGAUCCUAGUUAAGGAAAAUAAAAAACAUAUGGUACAAUUUUAUUAAUCAA